UUCAACGCAACUUCACUUUCCUCGGCCUUCCUCUCCUUCUUCUCUCAGUCAGAGCUUCUUUUUAAUACUUGCUUCUAUUUCUGUGAUCUGUUGGACCUUUCGCUGAUCUCUGUUCCGAUCGCUUAUUUUGUCUCUUUCUCACAAUGUCUUCUCCCCGCGCUGCCUCCCCAUUGACCUCUGGCGCCGAAUCAGGCCCUGAGUCCAAGUCCGCUGGAGCCGCCUCAGCCGUCUCUUCCGUCAACCGCCCUUCUUCUCCCACUCCCCCCGGUGGUCCCCGAGCUGCUUUGCGUCGCCGCGCGGCUGCCGACCAUAAGGAAUCUCUCCGAAAUGCCCGUCCUAGCUCAACCCGCGCCGCCGGUGCUGGUGGCUCCUCCAGCACCAUGCUCAAGCUGUACACGGAUGAGAGCCCUGGUCUCAGGGUUGACCCGGUUGUUGUCUUAGUUCUUAGCUUGGGUUUCAUCUUCUCUGUUGUCGGUCUGCAUGAUCACUCGCAAAUUCUCCUCGUGAGCUGCAGAGCCGUUAUCGGCCUAUUGCUUAUUUUCGGUGUCUGGUCUUAUCUGGGUGCCAUUGAGCUGGAUGCGGGCAGAACGGCCUGGCAUAUGUUCAAGCAGAAUGGUUCCCAUGUGUGUAGAACUGUGACGACUUGGCUCGCUGAACAUGUCCACCUUCCGUUCUGCAAGACAUCGACUAUCAAGGAGCGCCAAUCGAUAUACUCGACAUUUCUGAACCUUCGGAUACCAUAUACCCCCUCUACUCCUUUCUCUGUUUCGUUCCAUGCGCCGGUGAGCUUGGGAUGCACAGUGCAUGGAAAUUACCUAUUCAAACCCGAUUUCUCUUUGCUGAGUGCUUUUGAAGCCAAUACCCAUCUGCAGUAUGGGUCAUACUUUUUGCGUUAAAUAUUUUUCCCUGCUUGAGUAGGUGCUCGGAACGACUUUAAUUAAUGCAGAGUUAGUUCAGUUACAGU